AUGGCAAUUCCAUCUGAAGAUCUCAUCUUUCCCCGUGCCGAGGAGGCACUUACCCAGGAAAUCCUCGACCUCCUCAAGCAAGCCUCCGCCCUCAAACUGGUCAAAAAGGGAUACAAGGAGGCAACAAAAUCCGUCAAAAACGGCCAGUCCCAGCUGGCUGUGGUGGCGGCCGACACCGAUCCCCUCGUGCUGGCGGCCGACGCCCCCGACUACUGCAUCGGCGAAGACGUACCCUAUGUCUGGGUACCGAGCAAGAAUGCUCUAGGUACCGCGUGUGGCCUGGGAAAUGGUGCAAUCGCUGCCAGCAUCAACGCCAGCGACGUGAGCCCGCUGGCUCCGCAGAUUAAGCAGCUUCGACAAAAGAUUGAAAAGCUUUGGGGCCCUUGA